AAUACGAUGCGUGCCUGGAAGGAAAUCUACGCCAUAUGCGUACUAUGAGAGCAUCCUAAAAAACUGCCACUGUCAUACAACCAGGAAGAAGGUGGGAUAGCCCUAACUAAGCUAACAUCCCAAAUCUGUAAACUUUCCCAGAAAAUUAUGGGGUCUUCCAGGUGGAAAAUUGCAGUGGUGGUCUUUCUCUCGCUUGCCGAGUUAUUAUUGCCGAUAGAGGCAGAUGAACACGAACACACGUACACAGAUAAAGAAGAGGUGGUUUUAUGGAUGAAUACAGUGGGUCCUUACCACAACAGACAAGAAACAUACAAGUACUUCUCUCUGCCAUUCUGUGUGGGCACCAAAAAGACCAUUAGCCACUACCAUGAGACACUAGGAGAGGCUCUACAGGGAGUCGAGCUGGAGUUCAGCGGCCUUGACAUCAAGUUCAAAGAUGAAGUCAUGCAAACCACAUAUUGUGAAAUCGAGCUGGACAAAGCCAAACGUGAUGCCUUUGUAUAUGCCAUUAGGAAUCAUUAUUGGUACCAAAUGUACAUUGAUGAUCUACCGAUCUGGGGUAUUGUUGGUGAGGCUGAUGAGAAUGGAGAGGACCAUUAUCUGUGGACUUACAAGAAAUUGGAGAUCGGCUUCAAUGGCAACCGAAUCGUCGAUGUCAACCUGACAAGCGAAGGCAAAGUGAAACUUGUGCCUAACACAAGGAUUGCAAUGUCGUACUCUGUGAAGUGGAAGAAGUCUGAUGUGAAGUUUGAAGAUCGCUUUGACAAGUAUCUUGAUCCGUCUUUUUUCCAACACAGAAUUCACUGGUUUUCCAUAUUCAACUCCUUCAUGAUGGUUAUCUUCUUGGUGGGCCUGGUGUCCAUGAUUCUGAUGAGAACGCUCCGGAAAGACUACGCCAGAUACAGCAAAGAGGAAGAAAUGGAUGACAUGGACCGGGACCUCGGAGACGAGUACGGCUGGAAGCAGGUCCACGGAGACGUGUUCCGACCCUCCAGCCAUCCUAUGAUCUUCUCCUCCCUGAUUGGCUCUGGGUGCCAGAUCUUCUCUGUCUCUUUCAUUGUCAUCAUUGUGGCCAUGAUCGAGGACCUGUACACAGAGAGGGGAUCCAUGCUGAGCACGGCCAUCUUUGUGUACGCCGCAACCUCUCCCGUCAACGGAUAUUUUGGCGGAAGCUUGUACGCGAAACAAGGAGGCAGGCGGUGGAUUAAACAGAUGUUUAUUGGGGCUUUUCUGAUCCCCGCUAUGGUCUGCGGCACGGCCUUCUUCAUCAACUUUAUCGCCAUGUACUACCAUGCCUCGCGAGCCAUUCCAUUUGGGACCAUGGUGGCGGUUUGCUGUAUUUGUUUAUUUGUCAUCCUGCCACUCAACCUCGUGGGCACCAUUCUGGGCAGAAACCUCUCCGGCCAGCCCAACUUUCCCUGUCGAGUCAAUGCGGUGCCCCGGCCAAUCCCAGAGAAGAAAUGGUUCAUGGAGCCCGCUGUCAUUGUCUGUCUGGGAGGAAUCCUUCCUUUCGGUUCCAUUUUCAUUGAAAUGUACUUUAUCUUCACUUCGUUUUGGGCGUACAAGAUAUAUUAUGUGUACGGGUUCAUGAUGUUGGUCCUCGUGAUCCUCUGCAUCGUCACUGUGUGUGUCACCAUUGUCUGCACUUACUUCUUGCUCAACGCUGAAGACUACAGAUGGCAAUGGACAAGCUUUCUCUCUGCUGCAUCCACUGCGGUUUAUGUUUACAUGUAUUCCUUCUACUACUAUUUCUUCAAAACAAAAAUGUAUGGACUGUUCCAGACAUCCUUUUACUUUGGCUAUAUGGCUGUCUUCAGUACUUCUUUGGGAAUCAUGUGUGGAGCUGUCGGCUAUGUGGGAACAAGUGCCUUUGUGAGGAAGAUCUACACAAAUGUGAAAAUUGACUAGGAUGGAAGCAGACCGUGAAGGAUUCAUGGAUCAGCCGAAGCUUUUCCCAAACAAAAGCGGGCACACUUUUUUUUAUUUUAUUUUUUUUUUGCAAGAAGAGAUUGGUCUCUUACUUUGUACAAAUGUAGUUUCCCAUUUUUCUGAAUGAAUUUCCAUGUCGCAAAAGAAAGUGUAUGAGAGCAAAACUGCACAA